AUGGAGAUACCCAAAACGACCCACUCUGUUUUCCUCUGUUUUUCAUCUCUGCUUUUAUUCUUACUUACCGCCAUGGAUAAACCCCUCUCAGUCUCCUCUCUCUCUCCCGACGGUGAAGCCCUCCUCCCACUCCUCUCCGCCGGAGAGUCAUCACCAUCAUCACCACUCCUCUCUUCAUGGAACCCAUCUCACCAAACCCCAUGUUCAUGGCCAGGGAUAACAUGCUCAUCACAGAACAGAGUAAUCUCUCUGUCUCUCCCAAACACAUUCCUAAACCUCACUUCAAUACCGCCAAGCCUCUCUUCCUUGACAUUUCUCCAGCUCCUAAAUCUCUCCUCCACAAACAUCUCCGGUGAAAUCCCUCCUUCAUUAGGCCAGCUAUCCAAUCUCCGGCUACUCGACCUAUCGUCCAACUCCCUCUUCGGCUCCAUCCCUCGGGACCUCGGUCGCCUCUCUUCGCUCCAAUUCCUCUACCUAAACUCCAACAGACUCACCGGCAAAAUCCCACCGGAGCUCGCCAAUCUCACUUCUCUGGAAGUCCUCUGCCUCCAGGACAACCAGCUCAACAGUUCAAUCCCGGCUCAACUCGGCUCGUUGGUUUCACUACAGCAGUUUAGAGUUGGGGGAAACCCUUAUUUGACCGGAGAAAUCCCGCCGCAGCUCGGGAUGCUGACGAAUUUGACCACAUUCGGCGGUGCAGCCACUGCACUCUCCGGCGGGAUUCCUUCCACAUUUGGGAACCUGGUCAACCUCCAGACUCUGGCUCUUUACGACACUGAGAUAGCUGGCUCGAUACCAGGUGAGCUUGGCUCCUGCUUGGAGCUCAGGAACUUGUAUCUCCACAUGAACAAGCUGACAGGUUCAAUCCCGAGUCAGUUGGGUCAAUUGCAGAAGCUAACCAGCUUGCUGCUGUGGGGAAAUGGCUUAACCGGUUCAAUCCCUGCUGCGCUUUCGAAUUGCUCUUCGCUCGUGGUGCUUGAUGCUUCCGAAAAUGAUCUCUCCGGCAGUAUUCCUGGAGAUUUAGGGAAAUUGGCAGUGUUGGAGCAGCUGCAUUUGUCAGAUAAUGCGUUAACCGGUUUGAUUCCAAGCCAGUUGAGCAACUGUACGAGCUUAACCGCACUCCAGCUAGAUAAAAACCAGGUUUCCGGCUCGAUUCCUGAUGAAAUCGGGAACAUGAAGCUCCUGCAGAGCUUGUUUCUAUGGGGGAACUCAGUUUCAGGCACGAUACCAUCAUCCUUUGCAAACUGCACUGAGCUCUACGCCCUUGAUUUGUCGCGAAACAAGCUGACCGGUUCGAUCCCGGAUGAGCUCUUCAGUUUGAGGAAGCUGAGCAAGCUGCUACUACUGGGGAACUCACUAUCAGGAGAGCUUUCUGAAUCAGUGGGCAACUGUGAGUCCUUAAUGAGACUAAGGCUCGGAGAAAAUCAGCUCUCGGGGCGAAUUCCUAAGGAAAUUGGUCAGUUACAGAAUCUUGUCUUCCUAGACUUGUACAUGAAUCAUUUCUCAGGCCAAAUCCCUCCGGAACUCGCCAACAUUACAGCUCUGGAGCUGCUAGACUUGCACAACAACUACAUUACUGGUUCCAUACCUUCUCAAUUGGGCAAGCUGGUGAACUUGGAGCAGCUCGAUCUUAGUCGAAACAGAUUCAUUGGAGAAAUCCCUUGGAGCUUUGGUAACUUCACUUACCUGAACAAGCUGAUCCUGAACAACAAUCUGAUCACCGGUUCCAUCCCUCGGUCGAUUCAAAGCUUGCAGAAGCUCACAUUGCUCGACCUCAGCUACAACUCUCUCUCGGGGGAACUCCCUUGGGAGCUAGGCCACGUCACUAGUUUGACCAUAAGCCUCGACCUGAGCAACAAUGCGUUUUCAGGAGAACUCCCCGAGUCAAUGUCUGGUUUGACUCAACUGCAAUCUCUUGAUCUUUCCCACAACAUGCUCUAUGGGAAGAUUAAGGUUCUUGAGUUGUUGACUAGUCUUGCUUCAUUGAACAUUUCCUGCAACAACUUCUCAGGUCCUAUUCCUGUAACAGCAUUCUUCAGAACUUUGAAUUCAAACUCUUAUUUACAAAAUCCAAAUCUUUGUGAGUCAGUAGAUGGGAUGAUUUGCUCGUCGAGGGUAGCUCAAGCGAGGGGAUUGAAAUCAGGGAAUGCAAUUGCCUUGGUAUCAGUCAUUCUGGCAUCAGUAACACUAGCAUUGUUGUCCUCAUGGAUUAUAGUUACAAGAAACCAUAAGUACAUUGCUGAGAAAGCUUUAGGAGGCUCUUCCUUGGAGGGCGAGGAUUUUUCAUACCCUUGGACCUUCAUUCCAUUUCAGAAGUUGAAUUUCUCGAUAGACAACAUCCUAGAGUGCUUGAAAGAUGAGAACAUAAUCGGGAAAGGCUGCUCGGGAGUUGUGUACAAGGCCGAGAUGCCUGGAGGCGAGUUGAUUGCAGUAAAGAAACUAUGGAAGACUAAGGGUAAUGAAGUUAACAUCAUUGACUCAUUCGCUGCAGAGAUUCAGAUUCUGGGCCACAUUCGACAUAGGAACAUUGUGAAGCUAUUGGGGUACUGCUCGAACAAGAGUGUGAAGCUGUUGUUGUAUAACUACGUACCGAAUGGCAAUCUACAGCAGUUGUUGCAGGAGAAUAGAGGGUUGGAUUGGGAGACACGGUACAAGAUUGCUGUGGGUUCAGCUCAGGGUUUGGCUUAUCUUCAUCAUGAUUGUGUCCCUGCUAUACUCCAUCGAGACGUGAAGUGUAAUAACAUACUGCUUGAUUCAAGGUUCGAGGCGUAUCUGGCUGAUUUCGGGCUUGCUAAGCUGAUGAUGAGCACCCCGACAAAUUAUCACCAUGCCAUGUCUCGUGUUGCUGGUUCUUAUGGAUACAUAGCUCCAGAGUAUGGCUACACCAUGAACAUCACCGAGAAGAGCGAUGUCUACAGCUACGGAGUCGUGUUGUUGGAGAUCCUGAGCGGGAGGAGUGCUGUGGAACCACAGAUUGGCGACGGGCUCCACAUAGUCGAGUGGGUGAGGAAGAAGAUGGGGAGCUUCGAGCCAGCCACGUCGAUACUCGACUCGAAGCUCCAAGGAAUGCCGGACCAGAUCGUGCAGGAGAUGCUUCAGACGCUUGGCAUCGCCAUAUUCUGCGUGAACUCUUCGCCCGCAGAGAGGCCGACGAUGAAGGAAGUGGUGGCAUUGCUGAAUGAGGUGAAGUGUCCACCCGAGGAGUGGGGGAAGAGCACUUCUCAGCCCUUGAUGAAACAGUCUGCAACACAGAGCUGA